AUGUCAGAAUCAGAUAAUUGGCGCGUGAAGAAGAAGCCUCCUUCCCCUUCUACAUCGUCAAACAAUGUUUCCGAGAACAAGUUCACGUACCGAAGUUCUCCUAACAGACCAAGAGAGCACGGCUCAAGUUCAGCAAUCCAAACGCAACAACAAAAAACAUGGAACGCGUCGGGACAGCGUACAAAUAUAACGCACGAUGCCUCAAAGGCAAUCGAAGAAGGACGUCGCGUCUACGUAGGAAAUAUGCCUUAUAUUUCUAAACGCACGGACGUUGAGAAACUGUUUGAGGCCUAUCCUGUAGAGCACAUCGAUAUCUCUAUCGAUCCUUUCACUGGACGAAACCUAUCGUACUGUUUCGUGGAGCUUUUGACGAAGGAAGACGCAGAGCGCGCUAUGGAAAGUUUGAAUGGUCAGAUGUUUAUGGGACGUCCCUUGAAAGUACGGCCUGGAGUUCCCAGAAGCACGCGCCAGAAUAACGAUGAAGAAAAUGCAGUUCAAGACACUCCUUUACAAGGCGUAAACCCACGUCCAAGACGGUCUCCUGCCGAUUUUGCAAACAACCUAGCCGCAUCUUUGGUAUUUGAGGGUUGGGAGCGAGAUGAUGCUGAGCUGCAUUGGAAGGGCUAUGCCGAUCAAGGCAGACGACUGUACGUUGGAGGUCUCCCUCAAAUGACAACACAUCGCGCUGUGAAUGAUGCCGUCCGUGACAUUUUCAGGGGAUACGAGCUAGAGGCUAUCUCCAAGCGGAUAACUCCGAACCCACCGAGACCUGGUAACAAUUACUAUGUCUUUGUGGACUUUGUUCGUGCUCAGGAUGCAGCACACGCUGUUAAAGUCUUCAACGGGAAACGGGCCUUGGGCAGUGUCCUGCGAGUGAGUCAUGCGAAGGGCAACUCUCGGAAAGUAGAUGAGCGAGAACGGUGGGCAGAGAAUGAGGAAAUCGCAAACGAUGGAGGCCGGGAUACAAAUGUUUGA